AUGGAUUGGACAGGUUUUGUUGACAACAACUUUAUGAUGAGUAUUGCUAAACUACAAAAAGACAUGGCAAGUAAGAUUGGAGUAAGCUUUUGUGGUGAUGAAGAUGAAAUAACAAGGGCAGGGAUGCUGUUUGAAGCAUUGUCACGAAAGCGAAGGUCUAUGAUCAUCUUGGAUGACCUAUGGCAGGAGGUUUCCCUUGACAAGGUAGGAAUUCCUAAGCCAUCUACUGGGAGUAAAUUGGUGUUGACGACACGAUCAUUUGAUGUGUGUCGAAAAAUGAGUUGUAGAGCCAUUAAAGUGAAGCCUUGGGUGGAAGAAGAGUCGUGGAAGCUGUUUCCGGAGAAGAUGGGUCGGGGUAUUCUAAAUAUUCCAGAAGUGGAACUAAUUGCAAAAAAGAUCGUUGAGCGCUAUGCGGAUUUACCCUUGGGAGUAAUUACUGUAGCUUCUUGUAUGAAGGACAUUGAUGACCUUUGUGAAUGGAGGAAUGCACUUAAGGAACUAAGUGAUCGUAAAAAAAGUGUUAAUGGAUUGGAAGAAGAGGUGUUCCAUUGUGCAUUAUAUCCUGAAGAUUGGGAAAUUGAGGAGAGAGAGCUUGUUCGACUUUGGAUUGCAGAAGGGCUUGUGGAAGAUAUGGAUAGCAGACAGGUAGAGUUUGACAGGGGUCGUGCAAUAAUGAAUAGACUCUUAAACAAGUGCAUGGGAUUAAGGGAGCCACCAAAUGUGCAAGAAUGGAGUGAGGAUUUAGAGAAGGUUUCAUUGAUGAGGAAUUGGGAGUUUGAAGUUCUGUAUCCCUUGGAAAUGUCACCACCAAAGUGUCCGAUGCUCACAACAUUGUUGCUGUCUGGUUCUAGUAUAGAGUAUUCUGGAAGGUUUCUUCAGCCAUAUGGAUGGACUCAAGAGUAUGUGCCAUCAUUGUCAAAUCUUCGAGCUUUAAAGGAGUUGGAUCUUGAAGGAACAGCUAUCAAGGAAGUCCCUCACGGAAUGCAAAACUUGUCGAGCCUCAAGUGCCUAAAACUAGGUUAUAGGAACGUAGAUGAGAUCCCGAAUGGAAUAUUCCCUAGACCUUCUUGCCUUCAAGAAUUGAAUGUUGGUAAAGCGUUCAUAAGUGGAAAAGAGAGCCACGUUAAUACUUCAUCGUUGUGGGUGAAAGAAGAUGGGCAGUGGAACUUUUUGCAUCAAAAACGUUUGUAUUACGGGUUGGUAUCUGUUGGGGUCUUGACUCCGGAGGAACUUGGUCUUCAACUUCAUCCACAUGACUUGGGCAGCAUGGUCUGCUCCUUAGCUGCAUAUGCUCCUGAGGUUUCGUAUUGUGGCCAACUGGAGGAAAUAAUAGCAUCAGAGGAAAGAGGAAGGGUUACCAUGGAAUUUUGUUUUCCACGAUUAAAGGAAAUGUCAUUGAAAUAUUUACCUGAAUUGAAGAGCAUUUGCAGUGUUGAUGCAGUAAUGAUUUGUGAAUCUCUUGAAAGGCUUGAUGUAAUGUCUUGUCCGAAAUUAAAAAGGAUGCGUUUUAAACUUCCCCAGGUUGAACCAUCUUCACCACUAGAACUGGCUAUUAGUCUAGAGGCAAUGGAGUUGUUCGAAUCAAUAGAAUUGGCUCAUCCUGAUUUCAAGUUUAAGUUGUUAUGA